AUGAUAUCACUCAGUAUUGUACUACAAGCUGUGCUACUUGGAAUGCAGACUAUCACCCUCGAGUGCAUGAUAAGCCUAACCCACAACCCCCAAAACACAUCUAAAGCAGAAAUUCGAAUUAUGGAUGCUAUUAACGCAUGCCAAGCAUUAAUCGCUAAAUCUCGUCAAGGAUCAUUCGACAAAUUCAGUAAAAAGGGUCUUUUCAAAACAGUCUGUUAUCAUGGACUAGGCUGUUUCUACACGGGCCCACCUUUCUUUCAAAUUCCUUUUCGCUUACUCAGCCUUCCUCCACUUCCACCAGACGUCAUAAGGACCAUUUUCCUACUCUUCACCCGCAGGAACAAGAACAACCCAGUGGUGUUUCCGCCUGAAAAGCCUGAGUUGAUCCUUAAAUCAGAAUUCAAUUCCACUGCAUGGACAAGAAUACUAAUACAUGGAUAUGUGGAUGGAUCUUACAGUACAAAUUGGCUAUUUAAUGCCAAAGACGAGAUUCUAAGGUUAGCAGACGAUAAUGUGAUAAUACUAGAUGAUUCCACGACGUACCUACCUCCUCGAAUUCUGUAUCAACAAUCGGUGGCAGAUACCAGAUUGAUUGGAGUGCAGUUAGCAAAUGUUGUCACUUUUCUCAAGGAAAAAUUGGGGGUUGAUUUGAAUAAAGUUCAUGUGAUUGGUCACAGUUUAGGAGCACACACGGCCGGACAUGCUGGAGAACUUGUACCAGGGAUAGGGAGAAUAACAGGACUUGAUCCGGCAGGUCCUUACUACAGAAACGUGCCUAGAAAUGUCCAGUUGGACGAAACUGACGCAAAAUUUGUGGACGUUAUUCAUUCAAAUCCAGCACCAAACCUGCUGUUGGGUUUAGGAACUCUUGUUGACGGAGGCCACAUAAAUUUCUGGCCAAAUGGAGGGAUACAACGAGGAUGUGCCCUCAGCCUUCUAAGAGUCUUAUUUGACGAACCGUUUCCGUUUAACCUUGAGACUUCAUUCAAUUGUCGGCAUCAGCGGGCCUUUGAAUUUUUCAUUUAUUCCUUCAAUCAGAUGGACUGCUUAUACGUUGGUGUCGAAUGCACCAGUUGGAGUGAUUUUGUUCAAGGAAAAUGUAAUUGCGGUCCUGAUGGAAAUAAAUGUGCUGUAAUGGGAAUGUUUGCCACACCAAAACCGCCGCCAAGACGCAGAUAUUAUUUGCAAGUGGCAGCUGAAAGACCUUAUUGCUUGCAUCAGUACCAAAUAGUUGUUUUCUUAAAAACCGAGGGCAAUGUUACAAAUACAAUAGAAAGGAAAACAAGUUUUACUAUGUUCGGAGAAAAGAAUCUAUUACAGAAAGAAUUGUCUUUGAAGUAA